AUGGGUCGAGUUUUCAAAAAGAAAGUAGGAGCUAAACGAGAAGCUGAGGAAGAGAAAAAAGAAGAGUUGGUGGUCAAAAAGAAAGCGAAGAAAGAGGAAGAACCCGAGCCGGAGCCUGAAUCAGAUCCGGAACAAGAGGAAGACGAGGAUGAAGAUCUGAGUGAUGAAGAAGCCGACGAUGUUGACGAUGAAGACGACGAGGAGGAAGAACACCAACUCAUGGAUUUUGAUUUUGAAGCUUACCCGCCUUCGGACGAUGAUAGGGAUGGUAUUGUCAACAUGCUCACUCAAACAUUCCUGAGGGCGGAUAUUGACUUGAAAUCAAUGGCCGAAGGAAUUAUCGCUAAAGCUCCACAUGGCAUUGUUCUUACGCAAGCCUAUGACAACGACGAAACGGAAGAGGACUUCAUGGCUUACGGGUUGUGUACGACGGUGGCUCUUAAUGAGAAUAAAGACAAUGUUCCGAAGUUCAUCAAGGAUAUUUUUGUGUAUCUUCUGAAUCGGGCGAAAAAAGGAGCUCCAACUGAGAUUUACAAGAAAAUCGAAGAGAUUCAGGAAGCUGGAAAUGGUCAAGCUGCUCUUUUUGUCAAUGAGAGACUUCUCAAUUUUCCAACUCUUGUUGUUCCUCAAAUUUUCGAUAGCAUCCGAACUGAUUUGACCGGCUUCGACACGAAGUAUAAAACCAUUAUUUAUAUUCAAAAGUUGCGAAUCGCAGAAGGCGAUGGAAGUUCAGGAGCCAACGAUAAAGCAGGAAACAGCUCGAGUGGUGCACCACCAAAGAAGAAGGGAAAGAUGGGAAAGGCGGAAAAGAAGCGUGCAGCUGCAGCAGCUCUUGCUAAUUCUGAAAUCGAGUUCGAUAAUCCGGAAGAUCGAGUUCUUUUCGAGCUAAAAGAAGGAAAAGAAGUUCACUUCGAUUAUCCAGUCCAUAUGGAUGUGGAACCAGGAAGCAAGUUUCAUACUGUCGAGAAAGACGGAAAGAAAUACAAUCCGUUCCGUCGACUAAUGAGAGUAAUAAAAACUUGCACCCAGGACGAUUUAAUGGCCGAACUUUUCGGUCCAAUCCAAGAAGCUUCUCGGAAGCAUUAUGUCCUUGACCUCGAUCCUCGAACUAGAUGGUGUGAACUCUCAGAACUUCGUCUCACUUCUCUUCUCAUUGAUUACAAACCAGUCGGAAUUAAUCGUGAAUUUAAUAUGAUUGCAAUUGUCGAUCGCAUGAACAGAAUAUAUGACGAUGAGCCACGUCAAUCUGAAGUAUUUCUUGAUGACAACCUGAAGGGUCAGUUCAACAAUCAAUUGACUAAUCUGGCUACAGGGCAAGAUGUGACUCGUGUCACUUUCCCACCGAAAUACACUGUUCGGCCAUCCAUGGAUAUGACUAGAGCCAAGCUCGACACGUGGUACGGAAUGGCUUGCUGUGAAGAGAACGAGUCCGUUCCAGUAGAGUUCCAUGAUCUUGCUGAUUUCGAACUGCCGGAAGAAUUGAGGAUGGCCGUUAGAGAAAGAGAAGAGCAAGAGAAGAAAGAGCGCCAGAACAGCGAGCAGCCAGUGAAGAACGGAAGAGAGAAGAGACAGAAGAAGGAGAAGGAUCCGAUAUCGAAUACUCCUUCGAGCGUCAGGAAGAGGAAAGUGACGACGACACCAGAUGAAUGA